CUGUCUGUACUCUGCCACCAAUCCCUACUGUUAUAAUAAAAUUGGCCCCUAUAAUUGGAUGGCAGCUGAAUAUGUCAGAGCAGGCUGCCAGCCAAUAGAACAGCAGAAGCAGUACUGGCAAAGCCUGUGCCAGUACUGCGGAUCUUACUCUUGGGAGAGGAGGGAGAAGCCACACUACAUGCUAAUGUGAAUCUCCUCCUCACUGAACUGGCCAGCACCAGGCGAGGCGGACUGCACACUGCACACUGCACUUGAUGGAGACCUUGGGGCUGGCUGCUAGAAAAGAAGGGAAGACAAGAGAGGAGAAGGAGCAACAAGCCAGCAGCAGCUGACUGCCGAGCUGCACUGGCAAUGCCCUCGUGGAAGUUAAAGGGGAUUAUUGGAGUUUUCGAGGACUUUAUCUUGUCAUCGUUAGAAAACAGAGGGAAACAAAAAAUCUAGUAGGGAAAAAAAGAUGUCUGAGAAGCAGCUUAAAGAAUCAUUUGUAAGGAACCUCAACGGCACCAGCAUCAGCGAGAUCUCAUUGGGCAUAAGUAUAACCCCUCUCUGCAUUCUCUUCCGGGGUUUGAUACUCGUCUCCUUUUAUCAAACGUUUGGUGAUGUGUUUUAUUCAUGGAAAUAUCGCCUUUUUCUUGAUUUUAUUCUAUUAGUGCUUCCACAGGUAUUGUCUUGCACGGUCUUCUCUGAUUUCCUAGCCCUGGUGGUGGGAUGUAUGUCAGUAACUUGUGCUUCGGGGCUUUACAUGAUCUACAGAAAAUGGAUUCCUUACAAAACCUUGUCUCUUCUGAACGUCCUUCAGUCCUUUUUGAACGUACGGAUUGAAGACCGAAAGGUGCCGUCCAUUACAACUUUUCGCGUUUUCCUUAACUUGCUUACCGCCAUAUCUAUUUUAGCCGUUGAUUUUCCCAUGUUUCCGAGACGCUACGCUAAAACGGAAACCUAUGGCACAGGCGUAAUGGAUCUUGGGGUGGGAUGUUUUACGUUUGCCAACGCCCUUAUUUCCCCAGAAGCAAGAGCACGACAUAAAGAAAAGCUCUUUCCGCUGCACAGAUUGAAGAAACAGCUCGUUGCAGUUUGGCCGUUGGUUUUUCUUGGACUUGUGCGACUCCUCAGCGUCAAAGCAGUAGAUUACCAUGAACAUGUCUCUGAGUAUGGCGUCCAUUGGAACUUUUUCUUCACGUUGGCGAUUGUCAGGGUGUUUUCUUCUUUUCUGCUGACUAUGAUUCCAGCGCAAAAAAUCUGGAUUGCAGCGACAGUCAUUAUUUCGAGCUAUCAAAUAGCCCUGGAAACAACCUAUUUGAAGGCUUUCAUCUUGCACGGCAGUGAUAAUAGAGGCACAAGACUUGGCUUUCUUAACGCAAACCGGGAAGGAAUAUUCUCUGUCAUUGGAUAUGUGGGAAUUUAUAUGAUCGGAGUUCAAGUCGGGUCUUACCUACUAAACAAAAGGACAUUGGUGAAAGAAUGGGCACAAUUAUUGGCUAGGUUCACCAUACUUUCAGUUACGCUCUUCAUUAGUGUGACCAUAGUUCAGGUUUACAUCGAACCCAUUUCCCGUAGAAUGGUGAACUUACCAUUUUGUAUUUGGACUAUCGGCCAGUGUAUGGUUUGGCUUUGCAUGGUCAUUUUCUGUGAUCUUCUUUUGCUGUUUGUUCAGUAUCUGAUACCUGGAAGCCAUGUUCCUAGCACGUGGAAUAUAUGCAGUCGCGUGGACAGUCGUCAGAAAAAUUACUCGCAUCCAAAAUAUGAAAAAAGAAAAAAAGAAAUUGACUUUUGUCUAAUUGGAGCGAUCAAUAGGAAUCAGCUGCUGUUCUUCCUGCACUCAAACAUCAUGACUGGCGUGGUGAACCUAUUCAUUGAUACCAUUCACAGUACCAGUUUGUUCUCUCUCAUUGUACUUCUUGUCUACAUGUUUUUAAACUGCUUGAUUUCAUGUAUUUUACACGUGAAAAAUAUUACUGUUAAGUGGUGGUGAGUAUUGGUUAAAGGGGUCGUCCGAGAUUCUGAUAUUGAUGGCCUAUCCUCAGGUUAGAUGAUUGGUAUCUGAUCGGUGGAGGUCCAACUUCCGGCAUUGCCGCCGAUCAGCUGUUUUGAAGAGGCCAUUCCUUCUUCCUAGGCCGGUGACCUCAAGUUUCAGUCACAUGUUCUAGGCACCAUUCAAGUGAAUGGGGCUGAGCUGCAUUACUAAUCACAGCCGCUAUACAAUGGGCAGCACUGUGCUUGGUCAGCGGCAAGAAGGGCGCAACAGUUAACAAAGUGCCUCUUCAAACAGCUGAUCUCCAACAAAUCAUAUACUGAUGACCUAUCCUGAGGAUUGUUUAUCAGUGUUAUAAACUUAGAAAACCCCUUUAAAGGGAACCUGUCACACUGACCAUGGUGUCUGAGCUGCAGGCAGCAGGUUAUAGAG